CGCGAAUAUAAAUACGAUUUUGCAGAACGCACAGCGCACCAUUCUGUCGCUGUUUUCCGCGCGAGGAACGUUCGAAUUUUCCGCAAGAGAAAAAAAAAAUCCGCUCGUAGAAGUUCGGAGGAAACUUAGUUUUCUUGUAUAACUAGUGCGAAGAAAUUCCUAGUUUGGCAGGAAUAUAAACACGAGUCCGGAGAAGUUUUUGCUUUUGGGUUUAAAUUAGAAAAGUUUUUGUCAGAACCGACGACCUCUUGCCAACAUGCCAAUCUCGGAAUUCAGAAAGAAGAAACUCCUCUAUGUUUUCCACGUAUUUUUCGAUGUAAAUCAAAGUGGAACGAUCGAUAGGAAAGACUUCGAAAUUGCUAUAGACAAAAUAUGCACCCUAAGAGGCUGGGAGAAAAAUAGCGAAACAUACACCAAAACAUUCCAGGCAAUGCUUGAGGUUUGGGAGGGUCUGAAACAGAGAGCCGACUCAAAUAAAGACGGCCAGGUGAGUGUAGAAGAAUGGGCCCUCAUGUGGGACGACUACUCGAAGAAUCCAGACAGCGCUCUGGAAUGGCAGAACCAAUAUCGGCGAUUCAUGUUCGAGUUGGAGGACGCCAGCGGCGAUGGUUGCAUCGACAAAGACGAAUACUCCAGUGUUUGCACUUGUUACGGUUUGGAAGCUCAGGAAUGUCGGGAAGCUUUCGAUAAAAUGUCCGGGGGCAAAGACUCAGUGUCCUACGACGAAUUCAAAGUUUUGUGGGAGCAAUUCUUCAAGUCAGAAGACCCAUCCGAGCCAGGCAAUUAUAUCUUUGGCAAGGCAAACUUCUAAAAUUAUAUUCAAAGAAAAAAAAAAGUAUUAUAUUUGUUACACAAAAUACAGAACGAAUAAUUAUUGUAUUAAUGUUAUCUUUAUUAUCCUGCAUAUCUUUAACAAAAAUAUCUUUAAUUACGAGAGAAUUAUGAUUGACCUUGUUCUUAAAAUAUUGGCAAGUUUUGAACCAUCAUUAUAUUGAGCACUUAUACUUAUUACAUAACUAUUGUAGAUUUUUGUUUAUUAUUGUUGUAAAUCUAAAAUAGCUGAGACAAAGGUGCGUUCUCACACAGGCAGUUGAUGUUGGCGCUAAUAUUAGUUUUGAAAUUCGUUUUCUAGGAUUUUUUAAGAGGUGUUUUGCAGCAGUUUAUUGCUCUGCUGUUUUAGGAUUGUUCAAGAAAUAGUCAGUAAUUAUUAUUGUCCUAUAACUUUUCUUUUGACUGUUGAUCAGCCCCUUUCAGUAAUAGAAAUAGGAGGAAUGUUCAGGAAGUUUUUAGUUCUUAAGUCAAAAUAUUAUCUAUUAUAUAGCAGUAAGUAUAUAUUUUAGGGUAAAGCACUUAAGUAGUUAACGUGUGUGUGUUAUUUGAUUUUUGAUGGAACAAAACUUGCAAAUUAAAGUUUCAAAAUAAUGGAGCAACAAGGUCUCUAAACCGAUCACACACAAAAAAAAGUGUAUAUUAUCUCGUUUUCUAAAAAACUAAAAACUCAUAAUUUUUAGUCAAUAUUAUACCUACUCUUCUAGUUAUCGUUAAAUGUAAAAAUAACAUUUAUAUAUUAUUAAAUAACCAUCAUUGUACUAAACUAAACGUCGUAUGUUGUCCCCAUAAAUAUAUUAUUGUACCUUCUAAGAGUAGAUAUUUGCCUUCUCCUAAGUUUAAAACAAAAACCAACUUUCUAUCAAAAAUAUCAAAUAAUAUGUGUAGAAGGAUGUUUAUGUACCUACCUAUUCUGAAAUUUUCUGUUUAAUUUCGGAACAAAUAAACCAUGUUAAUGUACGAA